AUGUCACUACGGGACGCAUCGCACUACGCAGUGUCGAUUCGAAAAGCGUUCAGAGGAGCGUGUCUACCCAAGUAUAUAAAGGAGCUCGUCUUCCUUCAUUUGUGGCCAAGGUUCCUAUCAAGCCCGACAUCGAUUCCAUUCAAAAUACAAAAUUUGCUCUUUGCUACCUGCAUUACCGACUCUAAAACUAUUGUCGUCAUGGCUGAUGCUAUCAGAUACAGCGUCGAUAUCAAGAUCGAUCCUUACUGGGUUGACAUCUUCAACAAGAAUGGUACUAAACUGAUCAUGGCCAAGGUGUUUGCGGGUUCUAGUAAAGAUGUCUUCAACAUUGUUGCCUCGACAAACACGGUGACUGAGCUUAUGAAUGCGGCAUGGGAAGACAAGUACCGGAUUGGUGGCACAACCCAGAAUUUUGAACCUGGACAAAUCUUCACGGGGACAACUCAAAUGCUUGAUAUCGACUUCAAACAAACCUACAUCCUCGAUACUUGGACCCAGUAUCACACCGAGGCCGACGCCACCCUCCCCCCGGCCACUUUUGGAUUUAAAAAUCAAAUACCAGCUUCAGCAGCGGUUGAGCUUUUUAUUGGUGGGAAAUACGUGCCAGUCUUUAUAUCCCCAACACCCUACGCACCAGGCAAAGCAACACUCCAACCACUGCCCAAGGUAGUUUUUUGGUUCCAAAGUCACCUAGAGACUGCGACAAUGAUUUCCGACAGCGUCUCGAAUCCCUUUUUUCUAAACUUGAGUGGCGGCACCACCGCAGCAAUCUCGUACGACAGGCAAGGUGUCUGGCAUCGGGAUAGGCGUCCGGUUGAGAAUUAG